CUUCCUAAUGCACCCUCAAUUCCAACUAGAUAUCCUUUUCCUGGAAUUUUUUUUAAUGCUGGCUGGUGUCAGACACAUGAACACUAACAGUUGAAAGUUUCCACAGAGAACAAGGCUCUUGAGAAGUUGAUGCUGUCUCUUCCAGGCUGUUUUAAUGGUUUUUAUCACCAGAACUUGGACUGAAGAAUUGGAGGUUACAUGAAAUGCUAAAAAAUUUCCCUCUUGGGUGAGAGCUCUACUAUUUCUACUUUUUAUUUUUGACAGAAGAAGCAAUGCUGGUUCAUUAGGCAGAUCAUCAGGCAAUUAAUUGCCAUAUCAAUUUGUGGGUGAGGACUAAUAAUCUGAGGGUGUAGUUUUGAUGUACUCAUACUUUGAAGCAGGUCUCAGAUAUGUGCACAACACAAUAACGCCUUAGAUGGACUGUGGACAUCUAAGAUAGGGUAGGUUAUGUUCCUCUUGACUUUUUGCCCACUAUAUACAAAUAAGACACUUUUGUAAAUUUGCGUUUGUAUUUUUUAAAGUGUGCUACACCAAAAUGGCACUGACUGAAAAUUGCAGGACUUAUCAAUCGCCCAAGGACACUGGAUGUGCUCAGAGUUGCUCUUCGGAUGUGGUUGAGCUCAAUGUGGGUGGACAGGUGUACUACACUCGCUAUGCCACCCUCACUAGUAUGCCAAACUCACUGCUGGGGAAAUUAUUCUCCACUAAAAAGGACAUCUCCAACGACCUGGCCCAGGACAUCAAGGGACGUUACUUUAUUGACAGGGAUGGAUUUCUAUUUCGAUACGUGUUGGACUAUCUCCGAGAUAAUAACGUCGUGCUGCCGGACUAUUUUCCGGAGAAAGGGAGACUUAAAAGGGAGGCUGAGUUCUUUCAGCUACCCGAGCUCGUCAAAAUCCUGACACCAGAUGAUUAUAUUCAUAGUGAUUUUGACGACGCGUCCCAGGGAAGCGACCAGAGAUUGUUCCCUUCGUCUUACCUGGACGCGCGCGACAGGCGCUAUGGCUUCCUCACGGUGGGAUACAACAGCUCGUGCGCCGUCGGGAGGGACGUCGAUCCUAAAACUAGAGGAAUAGCCAAAAUCUUCAUUUGUGGAAGGGUCGGUCUGGCUAAAGAAGUUUUCGGAGACACUUUAAAUGAAAACAGGGAUCCCGACAGGCCAUCUGAGCGAUACACAUCUCAGUUUUAUCUCAAGUUUCGCCACCUGGAGCGCGCGUUUGAUAUGCUCGCAGAGAGCGGAUUCCACGUUGUCGCGUGCAAUUCAUCUCUCACCAAAUCUCCUCACAACAGACAAACAGAUGACAGAUUCUUGUCCAAUAAUACAGAGUAUGUCUUUUACCGUGGCCCAUCUGGAUGGUCUUCACCUCACUGCGACUGCUGCUGUAAGAGUCACAAGAGCGAGUGUGAAGGUGAAAGCGGCACUUCCUUCAAUGAGCUCACCACUUCCUGUUCCGAGACCCAAUCAGAAGCCAGCUCUCCCCAGGAAACUGUCAUUGUUCGUCCUGUCACCCGCCAACCCAACAUCCAUACUUUGGACCGGCCGGUGAAAAAGGGUCCGACCCCAAUUCCCAGGAGAACUGAUCUGCUUCGCAUCCGGACCACUGGGCCACGUGAUAUCAUGGUAGGAAAGAGAAAAACAGCCAAGGAGAAGAUGACCCCAGAGCAGGAGCUGGAGAAAUGCAUCCAGGACUUCCGACGGAUUAAAAUUCCUGAACAUUUUCCGGAGAGGAAGUACAUGUGGCAGUCAGAGCUCUUGAGAAAAUACAAGCUCUGAAAUGAUUUCCUGUGGAAUCAGUGAGCCUAUUGGUGCAACACAACAAAGCUCUCAGUGCUUAAGAUGACAUCAUAAUUCUUCUUUUGCUUCAGUUUAAUUGGCUGGUCUGUUUAAUCAUCCAGCGAGAUGCACAUUUAACAAAUCAGUGGACCUCAAGUGACUCCUAAAAGGACCAGCCUUGCUUUACAACAAAGUACAAUGACAUUUAACUCAAAUUUCUCAGCAUCUUGACAAAGCAGACCACUCAAAUGCAAAUAGAUUGUGUAUGUACAAAAGAAGCACACAUAUAGCCUGUAAAUGUUACAAAAUGGCUCAAGGAUAGCACUUUGGGACAGUAUUACAAUGGUAUACUGAACACUGCGUGUAUGAGUACUGUGGGAUUCGUAUGUGAAUGUGUUUAGCAUUAUCUGGUAUUGUGUUCAAAUGAUGGACAGUACUACCACAAACCUAUCCUUUAUUUAAAGUGUUUAAAACAGCACAAAUGAGUAUGUUUCCUGCUGUAGAAAGAGGACAAUGCAUGUUUUUUCACUCAUAUAGAAUAAUGGCUCGUAUCAACUAGCUCCAAUUAAUUUGUGGUGUGAUCUACCUUAUUCACCAAACAUCAUUCACCUACAUCCAGAUAAAGUAUAUCUUUCCUAGCCGACUGAAAUUUUAAGUCAUUUCUGUUUAUCAUUGUGAACAUUUGUGCAGAGAAUGUUAUUUGCUUUUGCCUGUGGGUAUA